AUGAAGCCCAUCAUUCUUCAAGGACACGAGCGUUCGCUCACGCAGAUCGUCUUCAACGCGGAGGGCGACCUGCUCUUCUCGGCGUCCAAGGACAAGAUCGUCAACGUGUGGUACACGUCGAACGGCGAGCGCCUUGGCACAUUCAACGGGCACAACGGUUCAGUGUGGACCGUCGCGGUUGACUCACAAUCGCGCUACCUCCUCACGGGUGCGGCCGACAACGAGAUGAAGCUGUGGGACGUGUCGACGGGCAAGUGCCUCAAGUCCUGGGAGUUCUUGACGGCGGUGACGCGCGUGGCGUGGAGCGAGGACGACGAGAUGGCUCUGUGCAUCACCGAGCAACGACAGGGCCAGCCGUCCGUCAUCCGGACAUUCAACGUCAACCGCGAGGACCCCGCUGCGUCGAGCUCCACCCCCCUUUCCGAGAUUGUGCUUUCUGGCUCCAAGGCUACUGUUGCGAUCUGGGCGCCUCUCUCCGACUUUAUCCUCACCGGCCACGAGAGCGGCAAGGUCGCCAAGUACGACGCCAAGACGGGCGAGGAGGUGCUCAAGAACGACGAGAGCCACACGUCCCUCAUCUCGGACAUCCAGCUCUCGCCUGACGGGACCUACUUCAUCACCUCGUCCAAGGACAAGACUGCGCGCAUCUUUGACUCGGACAGCCUUGACGAGAUGAAGGUGUACACCACCGAGACGCCGCUCAACUCGGCGUGCAUCACCCCCCUUCGCCCCUAUGUUAUCCUCGGCGGUGGCCAGGACGCCAUGAACGUCACGACCACCUCGUCGCGUGCCGGCAAGUUCGAGUCGCGGUUCUGGCACAAGCUGUUCGAGGAGGAGGUCGGCCGUGUUAAGGGCCACUUCGGCCCCAUCAACACCCUCGCUGUCCACCCCCAGGGCAAGGCGUACGCCUCGGGAUCCGAGGACGGCUUCGUCCGUGUGCACUGGUUCGACGAGUCGUACUUCCGGAGCAGGCCCUUCGGCGACCUCGAGCCCGAGGUUGAGGUGUAG